AUGGUUGAAUCAGAGAUCAUAAAGAAGUGGACAAUGGCCUGUACAGCGACUGUACUUGCCAUUGUUGUUAUAUAUCAGUACUUCAUCAAGGGUGACGAUAAGGAUGAUGGUACCAACUCUUUCACACAUUCAUCCACUCCAUACCCUGCUGCCAAAAGUUCACCUGCUGUCUCUUCCCCAGCAGCACCUGUUCCUGCACCUGCUCCAGCACCUGGAUCAUCACCUGCGCCUGCAUCCCCUGCUCCCACCACAUCAACAACAUCAACAACUUCAACAUCUACAACAUCCACCAAUCUAUCAAAGUCAGUUGAUGCAAUUGUAGACAUUGAGGAACUAAAUAGACAGUGUGGCUUUUGUCGCCCAGAGAUGGACAUCAACUCAAGAAAGCCAACGGCCAACUCUAUUCAUGAGUAUGGCAGACAUUAUUUCAUCUGCAGUGGCGUGCCAGCCGAUCAGUGGCCAAGCAAGUUCUACUCGAUGAACGCUCAGCUGACCGCAAUGUCCGAGUCGAUCAAGAAGUACGCCGACGUGCAGAGACUGCCCUCGAUCUUUAACGCCGUCGACAUGGCCUCGACCACACCCGACACCUACGACUUUAUCGUCUUCCCAGAGAUGGUCAAGCUGAUCGACAUGACCCCGGAGCGCAUCGAGGCCGUCAUGCAGUACUUCUCAGAGAACGACUCGAUUGGCGACGGCUUCCCAGCCAGCGUCAAGGUAGAGAACUACUCUGGUCGCCAUCUGUUUGUCUGUGCUCACAAGCUAAAGGAUGCGCGAUGUGGAUACUGUGGACCGAUCUUGGUCGAUCAGCUGUCGACAGAGAUCGAGCAGCGCGCAUUGUCCUCUGAGAUAAAGGUCUAUGGCACGACACACGUCGGUGGCCACAAGUUUGCUGGCAAUGUGUUGGUGUUCCCACCGGGACACUGGUACGGCUACGUGACACCAUCUGAUGUGUCGGAGCUCAUCGACUCGGCAUUGUCGGGCGACUGUAUAAAGAGAUUACAUCGUGGCUCAAUGGGACAGCCUGUUCACAAGGAGGAGAAGAGCAAGGAGGCUGGUCAGGAGAGCAAGGAUCACAAGAAGGAGAAGAGGGAUAAGAAGGAUCACAAGAAGGAUCACAAGAAGGAUCACAAGAAGCAACAUUGA